AUGUCUCGUUUACAUAAAAUGUCCGUUCAAGGCAUUCGUAGCUUUGGAAAUCGAGAUCAAGAUACACAAGUUAUAACAUUUUUUUCACCAUUAACUGUUAUUGUUGGUCCAAAUGGAUCGGGUAAAACAACAAUCAUUGAAUGUUUAAAAUAUAUGGCAACAGGUAUUAUGCCACCAGGUGCUAAGACAGGUGGAGCAUUUGUACAUGAUCCAAAAGUAGCACAUGAUACUGAAGUACGUGGACAAAUUCGACUUUUAUUCCAAGAUGUUACAGGACAUAAUGUUCAAGUUCAACGUACACUUGUUGCUACACAAAAAAAAACAAGUAUAAGUCUGAGAACACUUGAAGGUGUUAUUAUUCGUGAAGGUAUCAAUGGUGAACCUAUACAAAUAACAUCAAAAUGUAUUGAACUUGAUAAAGAAAUGGUAACAGCAUUUGGUGUUUCAACAGCUAUUCUUGAAAAUGUUAUUUUUUGUCAUCAAGAAGAAUCAAAUUGGCCAUUGAGUGAAGGAAAACAAUUAAAAAAUAAAUUUGAUGAUAUAUUUGCUGCAACAAAAUAUAUGAAAGCACUUGAAUUAAUUCGAAAAAUUCGAACAGAAAAAUUACAAACUGUUAAAAUUAGUCGAGCAGAAAUUGGACAUUUAAAAACAUAUCGUGAUAUGUUAAAUCAAAAAAGAAGACAACAUGCAGAAAUCGAUGAACGUCGACAAACAUCAAAAGCUAAUGUAGAUAGUAUUAAACUUAAACUUGAACCCAUUGAUUCUCGUUUGGAAUUUAUUGUUAAAGAAAAUUCGAAAAUGAUUGAUUUUCAACGACGUGUAGAUCGUCUAACAAAUGAAUGUGAAGCAUUAAAAAAACAAAUUCGUGAAUUAAAUGCAGUUAUUGAUGAACCAUUUCAAGGAUCAGAAGAUGAACUUAAAUUAUUAAUUUCAAAUUUUCAACGUGAUCAAGAUAAAAAGAAACGUGAACUUCAAGAUUUGGAAGCUAAAAAGCUAGCCACUGAACGUCAAAUGAAAAAACUUACUGAUAAACGAACAUCCGAUACAACUCGUUUAGGAGCAUAUGAAUUCGAAGAAAAACAAUAUAAAUCAAAUCUAAUACGUCGUCUACAAUUUCUUAAUGAAUAUAAUCAACAAUCAUCACAAAUAAUUGAUAAAAAUGAUUUAAUAAAUUAUUUAGAUAAACAGAUAAAAACUGAACAAAAACAAUUAAUGGAAAAACGUUUAUUUUAUCAACAACAAGAAACAAAUAUUCAAAAAGAUUUCGAUAAAUUUCGAGAACAACGUAUUAAAACUGAAUCGACAAUAAAAUUAAAAAGUUCACAAGUUGAAAAAACUUUAAAAGAAAUUCAAGAUAUAAAACAACAACAAAAACAAAUUGAACAAUAUUUAAAACAAUUAAAUGAUCUUAAUAAACGUAUUGAACGUAAAGAAGAUGAAUAUCAACAAAAAUUAACUAAUGGUAUUAAUCUUGAACAAUUAAAACUUGAUAUUAGUACAGAUGAACAAAAACGUGUACAAUUACAAUUUGAACUUAAAGAUUUAAAUGAUGAAAUUGAUAAUUUACUUGUUAAUGCAAAAAUUAAUACAGAAUAUGAAAUGUUUAAGAAAGAGAAAUCGGAACGUGAUGAACAAAUUAGAAAAAUUAAACUUCGUCAUCAUGAAAUUCUUACGACGAUUUUUCAUGGUUCUAUACCUGAACAAGAUUCAAAUAUUUACACUCAAUUUGAAAUAGAACAUCGUAAAUUACAACAAACUCGUAUGAGUUUAGAAAAACAAGUUCAAGAUAUUCGUCAAGAAUUAUCUGGUAAAGAAGAAAAACGACGUUUAUUAUCGGAUGAAUUAAAACGUAAAGAUUCAUUACGAAAUGAAUAUAGUGAUCGUUUACAGGAACAACUUAAUGGACAGGUCUAUGAAGAAUAUUUAGAAAAAUUAUCUAGUGAUGUUAAACAAAAACAAGAUGAAAAAGGAAAUAUUGUUGGAAUGGAAAAAACUUAUCAAAAAUUUGUUAAUCAAGUUCGAUCAACAUUAAAAAAUGAUCCAUGUUGUCCAUUAUGUUAUCGAAAAUUUGAAAAACAAACCGAAGGUGAACAAUUAAUUCGUGAUAUAGAAUUACAAAUUAAAGGUCCAGAAUAUCGACGUAAAAUUGAUCGAGAUUUAACGUUAUUACAAGAAAGAUUUGAAAAAUGUCUUAAUCUUAAACCAAUUCAUAGUCAAUUACAAGAUCUUGAAGAAAAAGAUAUACCAGCAUCAAAAACUCAAAUGAAACAACUUGAUAAAGAAAUAAAUCAAUUAAAAAAUAAACAAACAAGUAUUGAACAAGAAUUAAAUGAUGAAAUAUGUUUACCAUUAGAACAAUGUGAACAAAUUAAAACUGAUAUAAUUAUGCUUAAUAAAUAUAUUAAUGAAAGAAAAGAAUUUGAAACAAAAAUUAAUGUUUGUCAACAAAAACUUGGUAAAGAAAUUUCUGUUUUUGGUCAAGUUAGGGGAGCUCCAAAUUUGCAGUUUAUGAGUUUCAAAGUUUUUCGGCAAAUUGUAGCUUGUAAAGGUCAAAAAUCGGCUUCACGUUCACUUGAUCAAGUCAAACAAAUUAAAGAUGAAGUACAAAGUCAAUUUGAUUUACUCGAUAAAGAACUACAACGUAAACAUAAAGAACUUCGUUCUCAACAAGAUCUCGUCCAAGAAUUACGUGAAUCAUUAACUGAACUUAAAAAUGAAAAAUUAAAAUUAAGUUCUGAUAUACAAAAAAAAGAAAGACUUGAUGAACAAUUACAAAAAUUAACAAAUUCUAUUCAAACACUUAAAGAUGAAAUUGAAAAUGAUAAACAAUCAUUAGAACCAAUUAUUAAUGAUAUUGAAAUGAAAACCAAGGAAAAAACUCGAUUAUCUUCAGAAAAAGAAAAAACAUUAACUUCACUUAAUGAAUCUGUCAAUAUCUUAGAACAAAAACUAAAUGAUUUGAAAACAUUAUCAACGGCAAUUAAUAACUAUGAAGAUCGUACAUCGAAAUUAUUGGAAGAACUUCGUUCAUCUUUCGAACAAAUAAAUAUAAAAGAAAAACAAUUACAAUCAGAUUUAUCAUCAUGUAUAACAAUAAUAGCAAAUCAUAAAGAUGAUUUAGCACGAACUGAUAUUCGUUAUCGACAAUUAAAUGAUAAUCGUCAAUUACUUCGAAGUCAAAUUGAGCUUGUACAAAAAGAAAAAGAUCUUAUUGAACUUGAAGAACAAACUCAUGGAUUAAAAUUAGAUUCACUUACACGUGAAGAAAAACAAUUACGUUCAACACAAGAACUAUUAUUUAAAGAAAAACAUACUGCAUCAGCACGUUUAGCAACAUUAGAUCAACAAUUAAUUGAAUUAGAACAAGAACUUGAACAAGAACAUUUAAAAAAUGCACAUGAACGUUAUUUACAACAUUUUGUUCAACAAACUGUUGAAGAAAUUGCAUCACAAGAUCUUGAACGUUUCUAUAAAGUUUUAGAUCAAACAAUGAUGACAUAUCAUACACAAAAAAUGAAUCAAUUAAAUAAAAUUAUUCGUGAUCUUUGGAGAACAACGUAUCGUGGUUCAGAUAUUGAUGCAAUUGAAAUUCGUUCAGAUGCUGAUGAAGAAAAUGCAUCGAAAACUCGUCGAACAUAUAAUUAUCGUGUUGUUAUGCUUAAAUCUGGUUCUGUUAUGGAUAUGAGAAAUCGGUGUAGUGCUGGUCAAAAAGUUCUUGCUUCACUUAUUAUUCGACUUGCAUUAGCUGAAGCAUUUUGUCUUAAUUGUGGUAUUUUAGCUUUAGAUGAACCAACUACUAAUCUGGAUUUUGAAAAUAUCGAUGGAUUAGCUCAAGCAUUAAUUGAAAUUGUUAAAAAUCGAGCAAGUUUAAAAAAUUUUCAAUUAAUUAUUAUUACACAUGAUGAAGAUUUCGUUGAUUCACUUGGUAAAUCAGCAUAUGCAGAUAAAUGCUAUCGUGUUUCGAAAACAAACAAUGGUUUAUCGAAAAUUGAUGUCUGCAAUAUUGCAUCCUUUGGUGCUCAUUGA